UAUGUAUCGAUAGUUUGGACAGUGCCUCAUCACGCUGUGGACAUUUCCAACACUUAAUACGGCAUUGUUCUUUUUCUGAUUUCAGUUUGAUUUAUUUUUUGACAAAUAGAACACGCCUUGGUAAUUGGUUGCGUGAUUUCUCGAUCACUAUUCUUGAACCAUUUCAUUAAUAAUUACGGCAGAGGGAAGUUCGAAUUUUUAAAGUAGAUUCCCUAACCUAACCUAACCUAAACAAGAAGACUGCACGCUAUUGAUUGGCAAUUACUAAUAGACGGGAGCUGAAGCGCGUCGUACAGCUGAGAAGAAAACAGAGAAGGCGCAGCGGCCGAAACCCGCAAGAUGGCUUCACCCACGAUAAUGACAGAGAUCCUGUACGGCGUGGACAACUUCUCCAACGACACCGAUGCGUGCGGAAACCACAACAGAUUCCACUGGCCUGAUUACGUUAUUUUGGCUGUCACGUUGAUAAUUUCUGCCGGCAUCGGCCUGUUCUAUGGGUGCUUUGGCCCGAAGCAGAAGACGGCGAGCGACUUCUUGCUUGGAGGAAGUUCGAUGGGGACAUUUCCUAUGGCAAUGUCUUUAGCGUCGAGUUUUAUAACAGCCAUUGAGUUACUAGGAAAUCCAGCAGAAAUGUAUGUGUACGGGACUCAGUUCUGGAUGACGUGUAUCGCCUUCACGCUGGUGAUUCCGAUCACAUCGCACUUCUACUUGCCUGUGUACAGACAUCUGAAGCUCACGUCGGCAUAUGAGUAUUUGGAGAUGAGAUUCAAUUCGUAUGUCCGGACGUACGGAGCGGCCAUGUACAUGUUACAGAUGAUCCUGUACACGUCGGUCGCUGUGUACGCGCCUGCCUUAGCUCUGAGUCAUGUGACAGGGCUGAACACCUACAUCGCCGUGUCUUGUAUUUACAUCGUCUGCAUUUUCUAUGCUUCACAGGGUGGCAUGAAGGCCGUUAUGAUAACGGACACAUUUCAAGCUGCUGUUUUGGUUGGCUCGAUACUUGUGGUCCUGGGAGUGGGCGACAGGAUGGCAGGAGGGUCAGGAGUUGUUUGGAACCAUAACUCUGUUUCUGAGAGGAUUGAGUUGUUCAAGAUGGAUCCCAGUCCCACAGUACGACAUAGUUUCUGGUCGGUCGUGAUUGGUGGAACAUUCUAUUGGUUGACAAUGUUUUGCUCAAAUCAAGCGUCAGUACAGAAGUAUCUCUCGGUGGAAUCUAUUACACAAGCCAGACAAGCCUUGUGGGUCAGUUGUGGUGGCCUGAUUUUGAUUUUCACCAUAAAUUUCUACACGGGAAUGAUCAUGUAUGCCGCAUACCAUGACUGUGACCCCCUUAAGAAUAGUGAAAUUACAGCACGUGAUCAGCUGCUUCCUUUGUACGUGAUGACUUACAUGGGACAUUUACAAGGUGUGCCUGGCUUGUUUGUAGCAGGAAUAUUUAGUGCAUCUCUUGGCACAGUGGCUUCAGCUCUGAACUCCCUGACAGCUGUGAUGGUGAAAGACUUUAUCCACGGAGCACUCAAAUGGGAAUUGCCCGAGCAGCAGGGAGCGAAAAUAGGAAAAUGGAUUUCCUUCAUCUUUGGGCUGCUCAGCUUCGGGCUCGUGUUUGUCGUGGAGCAGAUGGGGAGCGUGCUCCAGAUAGCUCUCAGUUUCAAUGGAAUGGUUGGAGGAAUAACACUUGGGUUGUUUUCGCUUGGAAUGUUCUUCCCUUGGUCAAAUUCUAAGGGUGCAUUGUGUGGGGCUGCCAUAGCAACGGGUUUGGUUGUGUGGAUCGGAAUUGGCACGCAGAUUGCACUGGCUAGUGGGGUAAUCGUGUACGAAGAAAAGUUUACCACGGUAUCAGGUUGUGCGUGUGAAAAUGUGACUGAAGUUCCUUAUACAACACUCCCAGACGUCCAAAUCCAGGAAACAAGGUGGUGGUUAGAACUGUACAAGUUAUCGUACUUGUGGUAUUCACUGCUUGGCUUCCUCACCACAAUUAUUGUGGGUCUGGUAUUCAGCAUCCUAACUGGAUCACUAGACUCCUGUCAUCUGGACGAAGAUCUCAUGUCUCCGCCAGUUAAAAGAUUGCUCGAGUCGCUACCCAGCAAUAUCAAGCGGAUGCUGAGACUAUCCGAGGAGGUAAGAGGCUUUGAUUGUAGUCGGUGGACACCUGUGUGCGCUUUAAAAUUCAUUUAUCCGUGACAGUAAUUUAUUUUG